AUGUCCGAGAAGAGGCGAAACUGUAUUCUUGCGGAGAUCGUAAGGUUGGCUGGAUUCGUUCCGCCGGAUUUCUUAGAUCCGUCAUCUUCAAAAUAUAAGCUGUUAAUUCUUGACUUCAACUACUUUACUCGAACAGCUCACUACGCGAAAAGAUUAUCGAGGAGAACGAGGAGUUACAGGACAGCUUCUACAGUGCCAAUGGUGACCUAA